GAAGAGGCGCAUCCAGCCGCGAAGGCGCAGGAGCACGCACUGCACGAGGAGGGCGUGGGCGCACCGGUGACACCCGAGGUCGUCCCUGCGUCCGCGGAGGCGGUGCUGGGCUCGGAAGAGGCGCAUCCAGCCGCGAAGGCGCAGGAGCACGCACUGCACGAGGAGGGCGUGGGCGCACCGGUGACACCCGAGGUCGUCCCUGCGUCCGCGGAGGCGGUGCUGGGCUCGGAAGAGGCGCAUCCAGCCGCGAAGGCGCAGGAGCACGCACUGCACGAGGAGGGCGUGGGCGCACCGGUGACACCCGAGGUCGUCCCUGCGUCCGCGGAGGCGGUGCUGGGCUCGGAAGAGGCGCAUCCAGCCGCGAAGGCGCAGGAGCACGCACUGCACGAGGAGGGCGUGGGCGCACCGGUGACGCCCGAGGUCGUC